GAGUUAAUCAGAUUGUGUGUGUGAAUUACUGGGACUGUGUGUAUGAAUGAAUCAAGGUAACUCCCCGGAAUGGGCCGGCCGAUUCACCAAGAUCACUCUGCUAUUGGGACCCGUGGAGUCACCACAAUAAUUUGGAGAAAGGCCAGUGUUAGCUGCACAUUCUCACGAUUUGGUGCUGAUGGUCACUGGGUGAGCAGAGAGAGAGAGAGACCGAGCCACGGGAGUGUCUGGGAGAGGGACGGAGUCUCAAGAGUAUCUGGGGUUUCACCUUUCCUUCGGUCCAGGGAGGAUGACCCCGCUUCUCCUGCUCUGGUGCCUGCUCCAGGUGCAGGUCGUGCCCAGAGCUACCGCCUUCCACUAUCCGUUCGCAGGCUCCCCGCUCCAGCUCGGCUCCCCGGAGCAGGCGGCGGGACAACCGGCCAGCGCCGCCAACAGCCGCCGGAAUUGGUGCCUGUACACUAUCUCCAAGAUUGUGUCUUGCCAAGUACAGAAUGGAUCGCAGACCCUGGUGCAGCGUGUUUACCAGAGCUGUCACUGGCCUGCACAUUGCUCCAGUAUGGUCAGUUACAGAACUAUCAUCAGACCCACAUACAAGCUGGCUUACAAGAAUGUUACUGCUUUGGAAUGGAGGUGUUGCCCUGGAUUCAUGGGAGGCAGCUGUCAGGAAGCAUGUAUGAACUGCACCAAAUUUGCUGAACUACAGGAGAGAUUAAAUACUCUGGAGAAUAAGAUGUUUGAGCUGCAUCUUACAGAUACUGUUGGAGUGUCACCUGCAGCCAAUGAGACAUCAGAUACCGCUAUGCCUUGGGAGAACCAUAUGCUCAUACAGAGGGGACCACCAGGUCCAAGAGGAGCACCUGGACAAAAAGGAGAGCCAGGAGAGCGAGGACCACCUGGUUCCCAGGGACCACCUGGCCUUCCUGGACCUGUUGGUCCCCCUGGGAAGAUGGGAGAAUUGGGUGAAGCGGGGACACCUGGACGAACAGGUGCGAUGGGACCUCGAGGACCCCCAGGUCCAAGGGGAUUCCCAGGAGAGACGGGACUGCCCGGCCCACCAGGUAUCCCAAGCUUCACUCGUGAUGUCCAACACAGCUUGGGUUAUCCAGGAAGAGAGCCCACCGAGAUGCCAGUUUUUCCCACUGGGACUGAACAUUUAUUGAGAGGCCUUCCUGGUUUCCCAGGGAAACCAGGCCCAGCUGGAACACCAGGACUUCCUGGACCUCCUGGAGCCUCCGGACCUAAAGGCAAUCAAGGCGCGCCUGGUCCAAAAGGGGAUCCAGGUGACAGAGGCCAACCAGGCUUGCGUGGUGAGAGUGGCUACAGAGGUUUACCAGGUGAACCAGGGCAGAAAGGAGAAUGCUGUGACAAAGACUCAGAGGGAGAAGCAGUUGAGCAGCUUCGGGAGGCUUUGAAGAUAAUAGCUGAACGAGUUUUGAUUUUGGAACACAUGAUCAAAAUCCAUGAUGGUUCCACAACACUGGAGUCUGGGUCAGGUUUUGAAACAUUACCUCCAAAUGUAAAGAUCAAGAGGGAAGGACAGCUACAUCGUACCCUCUCUGCACUGCUGGCUGACAAGGGACGAAAACACAAAUAGAGGCAGCCAUCAACUGAACAGGAGGCCUGGCAAACACAGGCUGAAGAAACCACCGCAAAUGUUUAUUAAAGGUGCAGCAUGGUUUGGCCUAGAUUGGCUUGAUACCUCUUCCUCCCAUACUGUCCCUCCUCCCACACUCCCACACUGGGUUUGACACUCCGCCAGUGACCCAAAGGGACAGCCCCUCCCAUCCCAGUGACCCAGUUUGACACAAAAAGUGUGGUGCUGGAAAAGCACAGCAGGUCAGGCAGCAUCCGAGGAAUUCCUGAUGAAGGGCUUAAGCCCAAAAUAUCGACUCUCAUGCUCCUCGGAUGCUGCCUAACCUGCUGUGCUUUUCCAGCGCCAAACCUUUCGACUCUGACUUUCCAGCAUCUGUAGUCCUCACCUUCUCUCACCCAGUUUGACAACCAACUCUUCCCAGUCCUCCAGGGACCUGGUUUGAUGCAUUUAAGGAAGGCAAUGGCCUAGGGGCAUUAUUACUGCACUGAUAAUCCAGAGACCCAGGUCAUGUUCUGGGGACCCCAGGUUUGAAUCCUGCCAUGGCAGAUGGUGGCUUUCAAUUCAGUAAAAAAAUUAAGUGUCCAAUCCAUUGUUGACUGUUGGAAAAACCCAUCUGGUUCACUAAUGUCCUUUCAGGAUGGAAAUCUGCCAACCUUACCUGGACAUGUGACUCCAGAGCACAUCAAUAGCCAAUGACACCCUCAUCUCGUGAUUGAAGAAAUCAUGCUCAGUGACCCAGUUUGACACCACUCCCCUCUAUCCCCCCUCAUGACCCUGUUAUUCAUAGAAUAAUGAAAGUUAAUACAGAGCAGAUGCCAGAAACAAAAACAGGGAAGGCUUUCAAUUCUUAGUAGCUGACCUAUAGCGGGUGCAGGGAAUAUACAUUUCAUCAAACAUUUCAGUCUUAAUCAUGGCUGUGCAUUAAAACAUCUGCCAACAGAUUGUAUUCUCUGAUUUGCCAUUUUAGCCUAAUUGCUCUAUCAAAUUCCAAACACCAUCUAUCAAACAAAAAGUUUUGCAGAAUCACAAAUCUGUAAGUAGAAUGGUUUCAGGAAGAGGUAAGAGUUGUAAGAUGGCAGCAAUGUUCUGUAGAUAAACAAUACUGUAAGCUGGUAAUCUUCAAUGUAACAUCUCCUGUGUUGAAGGCAUGUACCAAUCGUAUUUUAACUUUCUUUGCUUUGUAAUUAAACAUAUUUAGAUGAU